ACGGGUAACGUGCAUACGAGACGCGCGUUACUAGUGAAAGUCGCCCGCGCCCGUGCACGCUUCGGGGAUCGAGACCGCCGCACGAUACUCCCGCCGGAGCGGAGUAAACAGGGUCAGAGGAAAGGCUGGAUCAGAAGCGAUCUUGGAAAGCCCAGCCCGGAGAAAGGGAGGAACGACUGGGCGAGGAUGACCGCUGAUCUUGGAGCUCGUACUUGGCCGCACGCGGAAUUCUCUCUCGCUCUCUCCUGAGCGAGCGGCGAAUGCGGUUCAAGGAGCACCCGAAAUUUAGCGAAUCGGUGCGCAAAUCGGUAAAGCUAUGAUGGACAACUGCCCCGUGCAAUUCUGCAAUUAACAAUCGCGAAAUAAACAUGAGAAGAGCGCAGGUAAAAGUUUAAUUCCAUCGCACUCGAGUUCCUUAAGGCUUCCCCGACAUUUAAGAAACCAGCUCCUGGUACUCGGAAAAGUGUUGGGAGUCCGGUUUAAGUUUCCAUUGCAUAAGUCCACGCGAUCUGCGCGGAACUUGAGUCGGAAGUAGUUUAUGCGGAGAGCUGUCGUGGAAGAAAGCGAAAUUCAUGAUCGGCAGAAACGGCACUGUUACGCAAUCGACGACACUCGUUUUUCCGACUGAAAAAUAAGUGAGAACAUCGGAAUUAUCCACGGUCAAUUUUUCACUCAGAAAUCAAAGGACGCUCUAGUCAUUAUUCAUUGAUGGAAUAUUGCGGCGUAGAAGUCAUUGCGAAAGGAGAAUUCGACUGACUGACUGACCGACCAACCCGACCGACCGACCGACCGACCGACCGACUGGCCACUCGAAUGAUCGCGCAAGACCAAAGACAGUACCUUCGGGACUACUCGCUUGACCGGAAGCCAGCGCAGAUUGAAAGCGGGCGAGACGUAGACGCGGCCAGUCUUAUCGCACACGAUUCACCACGGAGAUUCAAAUUUCUAACCGAAGGUCGUCUCUCUCUUCUUUUGCGGCUUUCGGUGCAUUAGAAUGACAAGAAGCUCGUACAAGGUCAACCUUCGUUAGCUCGCACUGGAAGACCGUACUUCGCCCCGGACCGCCGCGCGCCUUCAUUCGCAGUUCUUGAAGUCGCAGCAAACGCGAGACGGAGGAUGCGAAGACUCGCAGUCGCAACGACGAAGCCGACGACGACAGUGAUUUGAGGGUGAUCCGAGACGAUCUAUGGACAAUCAGCGGCGCGACCGGGUCGGAAAGCCGCGAACUAGAGCAUUAAAGGAUCUCUACGGUGUCGAGCACCGUGAUCUCGCUUAGCCGAGUGAAUCUGAAGAGAACUGAGCAACGCGCUACCGUUUUCCGUAUCGUCGAUGCGCGGAGGAACUUGUAACGAGAGCGCGCGAUUGUUCUGGAUGAGAAAGGGCCGAAGGUUCGCGGUGAAAAAAUGACGGACGUCAUCCCUCUUCGCUGAGGAGCCUCGCGCGAUCGCGGAUGCAUGCGCGACAGGAAAUCAACGGCAUUCAUCGCGACAAACGCGAUAUAGAGGAAAGAAGAACGGACUGCGUGUGCGCGCGGGUGUUUCGCGUGAUAAGCGACGAGCGAACGAUAAGGAAGAAGAGAUUAUCGCAAAGAUGACGCGCGUCGCGCAUCCGCUUGGUCUCUUUGCGGUGCUCGCGUUGCUGAUCGAGCCCUUGCAAGGGUACAACAUCCUGAUGGCCACCAUGGGCGGCACCAAGUCUCAUACGGUGCCCUUCGUCGGUCUCGGCACAAGUCUGAGGUCGCGGGGUCAUAACGUCACGUUGCUGAGCGCUUUUACUGGUCCUGCGGCAAAUAAUGGCCUGUACGAGCUAGUACCGCCGAUCCUCGAGGCUUACGUCGAGAACUUCACGUCCGACUGGGACCUGGUGGGUGCCCGGUUCCGCAACGAGCUCCCGAUUUCACCAUGGGACGCCAUGAGAUACGCCUGGGAGUCGUGCGAAGCGCUACUAUGUGAUGCGACAUCGAUAGCCGCCCUGAGAAAACCGGAUGGCGAUCCGCACGCUCGAUGGGAUGUCGCAGUGCUCGACGGCGCUUAUCCGGAAUGCUUGUUAGGGGUCCUCCAUGGGGAGAAUGUCCCGACGAUCAUGCUUAAUACGGUGGCACUCUACAGUGGAUCCAUCACACGACAAGGCAAUCCAUCACCAUGGUCGGUCACACCGUAUUUCGGUCGAACGAUCACGCAGGACAUGGAUUUCUUCCAGAGAGUCUUGAAUGUAGCAUGUCUGUUCACGUUAAAAAUCAUGCAUUGGUUUACGCUCUCGAUUUAUCUUCAGCCGACUCUCCGAAAGUAUCUCGGCAAUCAUAUACCCGACGACCUGCACAGUCUCACGGCGGAGGUCCCCUUGACUUUGCAGAACAGCCAUUACAGCGUGGGGGAUUCCGUGCCCUACUUGUCGAACGUCGUAAACGUGGCGUGCCUCCACUGUAGACCGGCAAUGCAAUUAAGUCCCGAUUUGGAAUCCUUUCUACGACGCGGCUUCGUGUUCGUCUCGAUGGGAUCGUCGGUGCGGGCAUCCGGGAUGCCGGAGGCGUUGCGGCAGAUCUUUGUCGCCGUGUUCUCCACGCUACCGUACAACGUUGUCUGGAAGUGGGAGGGUGGCAUGAUCAAGGAUCUGCCGGCGAACGUGAGGACGGCUGCUUGGUGGCCGCAGCAAGAGCUGCUCGGCCACGCGAAGCUGCGGGCGUUCGUUUCCCACGGCGGACUGUUAUCCCUGCACGAAGCGGCUUAUCACGGCGCGCCGACUCUGGUGCUGCCGGUAUUUUGCGAUCACGAUGGGAAUGCGGCACAGGCUGAUAAGUUGGGUUACGCUCUGGUAAUGGAUCUGGCCGGUAUAUCGGUCGGUGCACUUCGCGAGGGCAUACUGAAAGUCGCUACACUACGCAACAAUUCCUACAGAGAAGCGGCUAAGAAGAGGAGCGCGUUGCUGCGCGACCUUCCGAUCGGUCCCAGAGAACUGGCCACGUGGUGGGUGGAACACGUUGCCAAGUACGGAGGAGCCAAUCAUCUAAAAAGCUCGUUCAGGUACAUGAGCGUGUUUCACUACUACAGCAUGGACGUCGCCUUGUUCUACGUAUUGAGUUUGAUCCUGAUAAUCUACGGGCUCAAGAAGUUGUGCUGGCGAGCGGUGAUCAGCCAGAAUGCUUUCAAGAAGAAGGUGGAAUGAUCGGUUUUGCGCUCCAUCGCCAAAUUGAUCUUAUUUAUUAAAUCGUGCAUAGGGUAUAAGUCUGUUUUUAAGUGCGUUUACGAUUGGGGAAAUUAGGGGAUUGUAGAAGUCGAAGACGAGCUCCUCGCCUUCGAUUGACGCGUCUGCGUUCUCUGGGCUCAUUAAAGAUCUCUAAUAUUACUUUUACGACGAUGUGAUUGUAUAAACCGUUUGCAAUUUAUAUCUUUGUACAAUAAACGGUCGAUUUGUACGUUA